AAUACCAAAAACAGAGAUUUUGAUAACAAUUGUAAACGAAAGUAAAUACACUCUCACAAAUGUUACAAUGUAUUUUAAUGGGACCAGUAUUAAUCCGGCAAGCCUUAACAUUGCCCCCUUUACGGAUCCUUCUAAUGUUCGUUUUGAUGCCACAUUACACGCAACAAAGGGGAUGCUCUGUUAUCAGAUUGAGGGAACGCCAAAUUACCUACUAAUAAGUUGGAAAGUAUCAUUUUUUCGCAAAAACGAAUUUUGUGUCUAUAUUUGUGCAAACCGAUCUCCUGAAGAACAAAAAGAAAAGAAUAUUUUUCGCCAACAUAUACAUAAAGAGUACAAAAAGGCUCCAGAUGAGAUUAUUCAGACUGGCUAUAAAGAUUUUAGAGUUAGCGCUACCAUGUCUAGCGGAAAUGAGGGUUCAUCUAACAAUCCCACGAAGGAGAUGGUUUAG